GUCACAACACCGGCAGGGUCACAACGAUCAAACCCUGGAAACAUUCUUCCGACGUCCUUCCUCUAGUCGAUUGAAUCACUUUCCACUCACUGCGCCCCUGGGCCUGUGAUCGUACAUCAGAACGUCACAUCAGCUCGGCAGAACUAUUUCACCAGAUUGCCUCUCUCGCCAUCACAAAUACACAAGUCUCGUAAUGAUCUAGCCCUUCGACGAAGAUCUACAAGGUGGCUUGAUUACCUUUGAUUGUUACUCCCCGGCAACCUCGACGCAUCUCCUGGUGGUCCACAGGAGCAUUCUCUGCAAGCUUUUAGCCGCUUGAAGCACGUGCACGGUAUCAACGAUACUGCAUACAGUUUGCCUUGGCCCCAAGCUUCAAGAUGUCGUCUCUCUUCCGGCUCGCUGAGCUAGCUCGACCAUGCCCGGCUCUGAGGAAACCACUCUCCUCCAGCUUCUUCAGUACGGCGACACCAAAGCGACCACUUCCUUCCAACUCGUUCAGACAGCCACCGUCGACGCUGGUCUCCAGGUUACGACAGGCCCGCUCUUACUCAAGCGGCUUUGGUCAUGAGCGUCGGUACGCGGCGAACAUGUUCCUCCUGAAGGGCUUCAUAGGUGUCAACACCGCUGUUUUCGGGUACAGCAUCUACGUCACAGAACAAGCCAAAGAAGGCUAUAUGGAGAACUUCAGGAAGUAUUACCAGAACAUGACCAUGAGCUUGAGAGAUGUCAAGAACGGCUACUAUUGGCAAGUCAUUACCUGUGCGUUCGCACACUCAAACUUUAUGCAUUUUGCGUUCAAUAUGUUCACGUUCUGGUCGCUGGGCGGGGCGCUCGCUGCGUUACCAGUCACGCCCGGUCAGUUCACGCUCAUCGUGCUUGGGUCGGGGUUAGCAGGCUCACUUCUUUGGCUGGGUCAAGAACAGAUGAAGGAGCAGGCGGGUGUAGGUGUCCAGCGGCGAGCGAUGGGUUUCUCUGGUGCAUUGCUCGGCGCCGUUACCGUGGUCGCUUGCUUCAUGCCUAGGAAUCAGGUGGCUUUAUUCGGCGUACUACCUGUGCCUCUAUGGCUUUUGACUCUUGGCUACGCGGUCUAUGAUGGCUACUACUUGAACAGCGAAAACACCAGGACCGCGCACGCUGGACAUCUUGGUGGACUGACGUUCGGGCUGGCAUACUACUUUCUGAAGCUGAGAAGGCUGCCAUACCCAGGGAGUCUCUAAAGUAUCUGUAGUUAGCUUCGAUGUUUACCUACGAUCCAAUGUAGAAGUAAUGCU